CGCAUGCGCCUCUCAUUGGCUCCUCUGCACUGUCUGGAGUAAGUUGGAUGCGCGCUCUCCUCACUCGCAUCCCGAAACCGCCUCAAAAACAGUUGCGAUGGGGAGGAUCAGGAAAAACCACUUUGGGAUUUUUACUUUUUCUUUACUCGUGACUUUUGUCUGCACUCAAAGCUCCAAGGAUCUCAAAGACCCGAGCAAUAUGCCUCUGGUGAAGGAAACAGUGGACAGGCUGAUGAAAGGAUACGACAUUCGGUUGAGGCCAGAUUUCGGAGGUGCGCCGGUGGCCGUGGGAAUGAAUAUAGACAUAUCCAGCAUAGACAUGGUCUCUGAAGUCAAUAUGGACUACACCUUGACCAUGUACUUCCAGCAAGCAUGGCGGGACAAACGUCUGUCCUACUCUGAGAUUGCAUACAACCUGACUCUGGAUAACCGAGUGGCGGAUCAGCUGUGGGUCCCCGACACCUACUUCCUCAACGACAAGAAGUCCUUCGUUCACGGCGUCACUGUGAAGAACCGGAUGAUCCGUCUGCACCCGGACGGCACGGUGCUUUACGGACUCAGGAUCACCACAACCGCAGCCUGUAUGAUGGACCUGCGCCGCUACCCUCUAGACGAGCAAAACUGCACCCUGGAGAUUGAAAGCUAUGGCUACACCACCGAUGACAUUGAGUUUUACUGGCGAGGUGGAGACGGCGCCGUGUCAGGGGUCGACAGGAUAGAGCUGCCACAGUUCUCUAUUGUUGACUAUAAGCUCAUCUCUACCAACGUGGUGUUCUCUACAGGUUCCUACCCCCGCCUGUCCCUCAGCUUCAAACUGAAGAGGAACAUUGGUUACUUCAUCCUGCAGACAUACAUGCCUUCCAUCCUGAUUACCAUCCUCUCCUGGGUCUCCUUCUGGAUCAACUACGACGCCUCGGCUGCCAGAGUGGCCCUCGGGAUCACCACGGUGCUGACCAUGACCACCAUCAACACCCACUUGCGAGAGACGCUCCCAAAGAUCCCCUACGUGAAGGCUAUUGACAUGUACCUGAUGGGGUGCUUUGUGUUUGUGUUCCUGGCCCUGCUGGAGUACGCCUUCGUCAACUACAUCUUCUUCGGGCAGGGCCCCCAGCGGCAGAAGAAGGCGGCUGAGAAAGCAGCCACGGCCAAUAACGAAAAGAUGAGACCCGACCCCAACAAGUGGCUGGUGGGAAAUGUAGUUCAGAGAGAUGAUGCUCUGUAUGCCAGAAUGAAACAGAGGGAAAUUGACGCAUAUGACUCGAUGUGGGAUCCCAUCUUUGUGGACGAUGCCGCAUUAGGACUAGGCGAGCAAAGAAAUAAGAUGACCCCCGACGACAACAUCCUGUUCAGCUCCCUGGAGAUGAAGAACGAGAUGGGCGGCGGCGGCGACCUGUCGCGAGGCCUCGGAGUGCCGGGAGACCCCCGCAACACCAUGCUGGCCUACGACAGCUCGACGCUGCAGUACCGCAGGGCGGCCAUGGCUCGCCAGAACUAUGGCCACAGCGCUUUGGAGCGCCACGCCCAAAAGAAGUCGCGCCUACGGAGACGGGCUUCCCAGCUCAAGGUGAAUAUCCCAGACCUGUCCGACGUGAACUCUAUUGAUAAGUGGUCCAGGAUGAUCUUCCCCACCGUCUUCUCCUUCUUCAACGUCGUCUACUGGCUCUACUACGUCCAUUAAACCCGGCGGCGCCA